AUGUGGUCCUCGGCGCUGCGACAGAAACUGCAGCUUCUCGUCAUUGUGUUCUUUGUCUUUGUCGCGUUUGCAGCUUCUGAUGCAGCCUGGAUGCUCUGGGCUACACUGGUGGUUUUCUUGCUCAUGCUGCUCAUGGUAGACUUGCUCUUUCUGAACGAAGGAGACUUUAAGUACGAUCCGGAUUACAAGAAUUGGGCUCGUUCUGUCGACCCGAAAUACUGA